CGCGCGCGGCCACGCGCCGCACGCUCCUAGGCCGACGAGCGUUUUUGUUUAUCAGGCGUUUGGAAAGGGCAGCCCCGAGUCCGAGCGGGGUCCUUGUGAGAGACUGGACGGGGGAGGAGCCCGGUCUUCUCGGACACGCUGAUUGGCUAGUAACCGCUGAUCCCGCCUCGUCGGCUGAUAGGCCAGACCUGUCGUGGCCCGUCCACACGAGACGAGAGGUACUGGGCGCGAGGCGGCUCCUGGGGCCGCGCUCUGAUUGGCUCCUGCGCGCCCGGGAGCGGGCUCUGAUUGGGCCGCGCGAGAGCGAAGCGGGUCCCCGGGGAAGCAGGGCGCGCGGGGUGAGUGCGGUAAGGGAAGGCUCCGCGCGCGCGGCAGCGUCCGGAGGCUCCCGCCAGCGUGCGAGCCUGGCGAUGAGUAAACUCCGGGCAGCAGGUCGCAGCGGGCGGGGACUCCAGCAGGGCGCAGGGGAUGUGAGGAAAUCCCCAAGGAGGUGCAGAGAGAAUGUAUCAUCCCAUAAAGACGUGCUACCUCCAGUGUCUGCCCAACAGUCUGCGUACCAUCUCUUCAGCCACCCGGCAGAAAUCAAGGCCUUUCGGAAGAAUUUGCUUGCCUGGUACGACAAAUGCAAGCGCGACCUUCCCUGGAGGAAAUUGGCUGCAAGCGAAUCAGAUACUAACAGAAGAGCAUAUGCAGGUGAGACAGAGAGAACACAGGCUGUCUGCUUGGGCUUCUUUUCUCAGAGAGAAGUGUGGGUGUCGGAGAUCAUGCUCCAGCAGACGCAGGUGGCAACGGUGAUUGACUUUUACAACAGGUGGAUGCAGAAAUGGCCGACGCUGCAGGCACUCGCCAAAGCUUCCCUGGAGGACGUGAAUGAGCUGUGGGCAGGACUUGGCUACUACUCGCGAGGGAAGCGGCUGCAGGAAGCAGCACAGAAGGUGGUUUCCGAGCGGGCAGGUCAGAUGCCCGGGACGGCCGAGGAGCUGCAGAAGCUUCUGCCGGGAGUGGGGAGAUACACAGCAGGAGCCAUUGCCUCCAUCUCCUACGGGCAGGUGACGGGAGUGGUGGAUGGGAACGUGAUUCGAGUCCUGUGCCGGGUCCGAUGCAUCGGCGCUGACUCCAGCAGCCCGGCUGUCGCCAACAGACUCUGGGAUUUGGCCAAUGCUCUGGUAGAUCCAGCCCGGCCAGGGGAUUUUAACCAAGCCAUGAUGGAGCUGGGAGCUACUGUGUGUACCCCCAGGGCCCCACUGUGCAUGGAGUGUCCUGUGAAACACCACUGCAGGGCGAGUUGCCGGGUGGAGAAGGAGCUGGAAUUUGCCUCCAGGAGACUGCUGGGACAAGCUGCCUCCAGUUUCCCCCAGGCGCCUGACCUAGAGGAGUGUGCCGCUGCCGCCACAGGCAUCUGCUCCUUGUGCCCCCCUGCCUCGGAGCCCUGGGACAGCAGCCUUGGCGUGGCCAACUUCCCCAGGAGAGCUGCCAAGAAGCAGCCCCGGGCGGAGCGGACGGCCACGUGUGUGCUGGAGAGGAGAGGCCACCGCAGGGAGCCGGAGUACCUGAUCGUGCAGAGACCCAGCUCCGGCUUGCUGGCGGGGCUGUGGGAGUUUCCCAGCCUGCCCUGGGGGCCGGAGCAGAAGGAGAAGCAGCAGACGGAGGCGCUGUUGGGUCACGUUCAGGCCUGGGCCGGAGAAGCCGUGGCCAGAGGAUGCCUGCGGUAUGUUGGAGAGGUCGGCCAUGUCUUCUCCCACAUUCACCAGACGUACGUGGUCUAUUCGCUGCUCCUGGGCGGGGACCCCGAGAUGGCCUCAGGCGGGCGGGACAAGGAGCUGGAGCGGCCAGCGUUCCGGUGGGUGACGCAGGCCGAGUUCCAGAAAUCGGCUGUUUCCACUGCUAUGAAGAAGGUCUGGAAGGUGUUCGAGCAGCAGAGCUGUGAGGGGAGGGGGCCUGGCAAGGGCUGCAAGCGGAAACGGGGCGCUGAUCCCUUGCACGCCGGCCAGCUGAAGGUGGAAGCAGACUGCAGCCGCCCCCUAAGGCAGCUCUCCCUUGAGGCCUUUCUCAAGGCCCCCACUGGGGAAUGACUGCAGCCUCCUGCUCCGGCUGGACCCGCUCGGACUGCACCCAACGGUGAGGCCCGUCUGGAGGGGAGGGAGGCUCCAUACUCUGCAUUGCUUGGGCUGUUCUGUCCCCCCCAACCAGCUGGCAGCUCCACCAGGCCUGCAGUGACUGGCACCCGGCUGUCGGGGGCAACACCGAGUCAUGUAGACUCAGCCCACAUAGGAGGCCCCCCACAGUCCGUUGUUCCCUGCACGUCUUUCAUCCAGCCAGCCCCCUGCAGAGGGACCCCCUCUAGUGCAGGCUCACUUGUGUUACCACCAUCCCCACAGACCACUUCCCUUCCCCCUGGAGGCUCCCGCCCUGCAGAGCCCUUAGCAGUGAGAGAGGGAUGCCACACGACAGUGGGGACGUGGGGUGGAGUGAGGAACCUGCACCUGCCUGGAGCGGUCUGCCUGCAUUACAUGGGGAAUUACAGGGGACGUCCUGCUGGCGUGAUAGCCUGGGGCCUGGACUUCUCUGCUCAUCCCCAGGGCAGAUACAGCAUGGGGGUCUGACUGUUUCUGAACCCUGCAGAUGCAUGUCCACUGAGAACUGGGCCGGGCUCUUGGCUCGCUUCCAGGGCCACCGAGCGGCUGUCAGGUGGGGCUGGUCUGGCUCAAGCCAGCAUCAGGUGAAUGUCUCUCCGCCCGAAGGCGCGAUACGUUAUUCCCUGUGGGGACAAGAUCUGGGGCCCCCGCUGCAGCCAGGGACAGUUCUGUCCAGUCAGGGCAUCCCAGCGUUCUGGCAGGUGCUGUUCGUGGCCGGGGUUGCCCCUUCACGGGUGAGGGAAGCCGAUACUCCCACCGUCUCCUGAGUAAUGGGGGAAUCCACGGCUCUAGAUGCAGGACAAAGUGGAACUACUGUAUUUCCAACAGCUGCCCGUCUCCUCCCACCAGCCCCGUCCCGCUGCUCCUGGGACAUGGAGGGUCAUGAGACCCAGCAGAGCCAGAGGGCGAUGUCGGAUGCCGUGGGGCAGUUUGCUGCUGGCCCUGCCUCGUACGUUGGCUCCUUUUCCACCUGCUUUUACUCACUCUCACAGCUGAGGUUUUAAUAAAUCUGAACUUUUUCUACAAGCUUUUAAAA